AAGACCUCCAUCGAUACAUACCCUUCCAGCUUCAGAGCGCAACAACAACAACAACAACACCACGACGCCUGCACCACCACACUCUACUACUACCACAAGACCGUCAUCAUGAAGGGCAACAUCACCAUCUUCGUCAUCAUCAUCGUGCUCUUCAUCCUCUUAGCACUGAUCGGAUUCGGCAUCUACUGGGCACAGACGAGUGUAAGCGGCGCUGGUUCAAGUGUGAGAGGAGGCUCGACGACGACUAGUGGAGACGAAGUGUAGUAGUCUCCGGCACUGGAACUAGAACGACCACUACAACAACAACAACGAUAUCAGUGUGAAGCAUGGAACAAACUAUACCUGUGCGAGAUGAGGAAGACAUGCACACUGUCACGAUAGACACGAUGCACAUGGGAAUGUACGGCAGCGAGCCAGGAAAAUUUGCAUAAGGAUCAUAUUGGAGCAUAGCGAGGCGUUUGGGAACGAUAGCGGCGAGUCUGGAUGGCAGCUGCAUGGGCCUGUUGUAUAUUUGUAUCAUCUAACAUAGGUAAGAUACCCUUUGCGAAGGAAAGGUGGAGAGGAAGAACGUCAAAUGGAGCAGUGUCAAACUUUAAUUGACC